CCCUGGCGGGUAUUCCUCGUCGCUCUCUCUCUCUCUCUCUCUCUCUCUCUCUCUCUUCCGUUUCCGCCCUUCGCUUUCCCUUUUUCGGAGCUCCUCUCCUUCGUUGGUUAGGGUUAGGGUUAGGGUUUCGGGUGUGGUCUCUUCUCCGCUGAGAGGAGAUGGUUCAUCUGCCGAAUCUCGGGAAGCUUCGGCCGGAUUCUGAGCUCCUUCUAAAGGCGGCGGCGGCGGCGGCGGCGGCGGAGACGGAGAGGAUGGGGGUGAAGGUGGAGAUCGAGGAUCCGUUGGAUGAGGAGUAUGGGCCGUUUGAUAAGAGGUCAAAAUUCGCCUCUCCCCAGCAGGAAUGGAGCCCUGGUGUUGCUGUGGUCUCUUCAGAGGCCAUGCCUUACAAUUUGCUUAAUGAACCGAGCCCAUUGGGGCUGCGGCUGAGAAAGAGCCCGUCUUUGGUGGAUUUGAUUCAGAUGAGGCUUUCUCAAGCAAAUGGUGAGCCUGAGAAAACAAAGGAAUCUAGGCCCACCGGCGGUGGUUUGGCUUCUUCUGAAAAGUUGAAGGCCUCGAAUUUUCCUGCUUCUCUUUUGAAGAUUGGCGAUUGGGAGCGUGUAUCAAAAUAUGAGAAUGAUCUGGUAGCAAAAUGCUAUUUCGCGAAGCAUAAACUUGUGUGGGAGGUUCUUGAUGGUGGUUUGAAGAGCAAAAUUGAGAUACAAUGGUCUGAGAUCACUGCUCUGAAGGCAACUUGCCCGGAAAACGGACCUGGGACCUUGGAUGUUGUGUUGGCUAAGCAACCGCUCUUCUUUAGAGAAACCAACCCCCAGCCUCGGAAGCAUACUUUGUGGCAGUCAACAUCAGACUUUACUGGCGGGCAAGCAAGUAUACACAGGAGGCAUUUUCUGCAGUGCCCCCAAGGUCUGCUAAACAAGCAUUUUGAGAAGCUGAUUCAAUGUGACCCGCGCUUAUGCUUACUGAGUCGCCAACCAGAUUUUAUAUUGGAGAACCCUUACUUUGAACUGAAGAGCUCUGUUGGUGAAGACCCAGUAGAGUUGAAGUUCCAUCAUUCUGACAGUAUGAACGAGGGCCAUCCUUUGCAAAUUCAACAAGUCCAGGAGAUGAAACCCAGCAUUGUGGCUCAAACUCAUUCACCAAUCUCAGUAACAGAUUCUCAGGUAAGCGAAGAAAAUGCUUCUGGUGAAACUGAUGCGCCACAGAGUAGUGGGAGUCAGUUCAAAGUGCCUGGAUUUUGGCCUUCGAUGUCUAUAAGUGAAUUUAUGAACCACUUAGAGCAUCAUAUUUCGGGCCCGAUAAAUCUAGGGCAUCAACCACUGCAUGAAGAUUUAUUGAACAAAGAAAAGUUAGAACACUUAGCCCAAUACCUUCUCAACGACUCGCAGAGCUCGCCCACUGCAGAUGAAAAGUCCCUCAUGUCGAGGGUCAACUCUUUUUGCUGCUUGAUCCAGAAAGAUCCUACCACAAUUCAAAAUUUGCAGAUAGCUGCUGCUAAUUCUGAAACAGCUGGUACAGAUGGCAACUAUGAUGAUAAAAGUGACAAAAAGCCGGUGCGUACUUUUGCUGCUUCUGAUGGGGGGACUAAUGGUGUUUCUGGGUUCAAGCAGCCGGGGAGUAUCUCUCGGAAAGACUCAGUUGGAGAGCUUCUGAUGCAUCUACCUCGCAUUGCUUCACUCCCUCAAAUCUUGCACCGCUAUGUUGCCGGAAAACCCCUAUAAAUAUUGCAGUCCUCACUUUGCCCCUCUGAAAAUUCAAAACCUACAUUUCCCCCCUUAAACUACAAGACUUCGUCGCUUUGCUCCGUGGUCAAUGGGGUAUAAUGUAGGUACUGAGAUUUCGAGGGGUAAUGUAAAAAAAUAUAUCUCCUGUCGGGUUUCUUGCAUUUUAGCCUUUUUGUUGUAAAUUCUGUUUUAGAUUUAGGAUAUCGUCGAAAAAGGCCUUUUUGGUUGCUUAAUACCUUUGUGUUUUUGUAUAGUAAUGUAGGUCAGAGCUGGGCUUUGUGGGACCGAAAUAGAGCGCAAGCUCAUUGCAUUAUGUAGUGUCAGUUUAGAGCUUUGUUUUCUGUUUUAGCUGAUGCUAAAAUGGCAUCUUCCAAAAGUUCUCAUUUACAUAUGCAAAUUGGAACGAACAUAAAUGGGUUUGAGUUGAUGUUAGAUGUUAUAGUUUUUGGGUCCUAUUUGAACUUGUUUUUAAAUAUUUUUGUAUUGUGCUCCAAGGAGCAAUAGGAAGGUGGUGUUUGGAUGUUACAA